AUGGCAUCGACAGCGGCGGCUUCGUCUUCGGAUCUACCGACGCUCCUGUCGGGCGGAUCGCACCAGCGCGGCACCCAUCCGAACCACGAUCGGUCCCUCCGGAAGGCGUCUUCGGGCAGCAGCCGACCGCCGCUCCAUCCGGCCAGCGGCAGCGGUGCGGGCGCAUCCGGGUCAUCGUCGGCCGCCGUCAAGCGUCACUCGCUGUUUGGCACAGAGGACCGCAUCGUGCUCGACAUUGGCUCGCGCGUCUCCAAGUUUGGCUUCAGCGGCGAGGAAAAGCCGCGCGCCAUCGUCGACUCGGUGCCCCUCUCGCUGCCCUCGACGUCGCGCACCGCACUCGCCGAAACCGACGCCCUGUGGGACCAGGACGUGGAAAUGGCCCAGAGCGAGCAGCUGCGCAAGCACGCACACGCCCUCCUCGUCGCCCGCCUCACCCACCUCGUCCGCACCGCCUUCUUCCACCACCUCAUGGUCGAGCCAAAGCAGCGCAACGUCCUCGUCAUCGAAAACGCCUCCAUGCCCGCCAUCGUCAAGCAGCUCCUCUGCAAGGUGCUCCUCUCCAACCUCCAGGUACCCUCGGUCUCCUUCGUCCCUUCGCACCUCAUGGCUCUCGUCGCUGCCGGCAGCACCACCGGCCUCGUCAUCGAGUGCGGAUACCUCGAGACGUCCGUCAUGCCCAUCUACUACGGCAGGCCGAUGUCGUCCUCCCUCCGCUCCACGACCAGGGCUGGACGCGCGCUCAAUCGCCGCCUGCGUGGUCUCCUGCUCCACCACGCCAAGUUUCUGCCCGCACACACUGCCGCCCCGACAGCGGCAUCGCGGCAAAAGGCCGCAGACGUCCCACGUGCACUCCUUACCGACGACCUGCUCGAACACAUCAAGGCAAAGGCGCUCAUUGUCGGGCCAUACGACGCGGAUCUGGACCGCAUCAGUCAGACACAGAAGGGAACUGCGGCAGGGGAUUCUGAAGCGUCAAUGGCGGCUCCUUCGUCGGCGCAAUCCGCUGCAGACGCUGCUAUCGGAGGACUUCCGGCUUCCAGCUCCGCCACGCAGUCUUCAACCAACCCCUUUGCAGAUGUGGAUGGGUCUGCGGAAGGAGCAGCGUCGGCGGCAGCGGCAGCGGCAGCGGCAGCGGCGGCGACAGCGACCACGGCCUCGACCACACCCUCGCUCAACCGUCUCUACCGUGAUUUGAAGCUGUACGACGAGUCCGACGACGAGCCCAAGAUGCGGGCACUCAAGGCUGCCUACCGGCGAUCUACCAAGGCCACGCCGAUCGCCGUGGCUCUGCCACCGCGCCCUGCCUCAGGCCCAUCCGCAUCGCCGGCGUCGUCCUCAAGCUUCCACACAGCUGACCCCUCGCUUGCUCCCGGCGGCAGCCUCAUCAUCCCGGGCUGGAUCCGCGAUCGUGCCGCCGAGGUGCUUUUCGAGUCGGCCGACGACGAGGACGAGGAGGCGGGCCCGAGCAUCGUCGAGCUGACCGUCGACGUCAUUCGCCGCCUGCCCAUCGACCUGCGCAAGACAAUGUGCGAGUCGAUCCUCGUCAUUGGCGGCACCGCCAUGAUGCCCGGCAUGGUCAACCGCUUCCGCGUCCAGCUGGAAGCCGCCCUCAAGCAGCACGAGACGAGCAGGACGUACGAGAGGCUCCACCGCCAUCGUCGUGGCGCCGGCGCUGGGGUCGUACCAUCGCCGCGGAGCAACAGCGGCGUCGAGGCUGCCGCAGAACAGCAGGAAACCGCCACGGCAGCCCACAACGACGCGGGACUGCUAUACCAACGCAUCGCCGUCCUCAACGAUCCUUGGCCUCGGAUAUCGCCAGAUACCGGCAGGCCGCAGGGCGGCACGGCACCUGCCUUCGCGGCCAAUCUGCUUCCGUUUGUCGGCACCUCGCUGCUGGGCGAGCUCAAGACGGCGCCGCUCUCGGAGAUUACGCGCGAGGCGUACGAAGAGGCGCUGGCGGUGGCAGAGAAGCUGCGAAAGGCGACAACGGGCGAGAGCAGCGGUGUACCGCCCCAGCAGGCCGGCGGUGGUGGCAGCAGCGUGACGAGGCCGAUGCUGGGACCGGGCAAUCGCGGCUCGUUUGUCGGCGUCGUGGGUGGUCUCGAGACGGGGGCGUUUGGCGCCCUCGCUGCGGUGAGCAGGCAUCUCCUCAUCGGCGGUCAUCAGGCCAGGUUGACCCAGGCGGACGGUACCGCCGCCGGUGGUGGUGGUGGUGGCGCUGGUGGUGGCCACGAGAGGGGCGCGGCUCCACAGCCACAGCAGCUUCGCUCGCCGACGGGUCUGGCGCCGCUGCGCUCGCCGCCUCUGCCGUAA